UUACACGAGGCGAAGGAGUCGAGCAAAUAUGGCAGAAACAGAGUACAAGAUUUACGUUGGAAACUUGAGCUACGACGUCGAAGACAAAGAUUUAGAGGACCACUUCUCCAAAUACAAUGUAAUUGAAGCAAAAGUCAUUUACGACAGAGACACUAGAGCCUCCAGGGGUUUUGGAUUUGUAACAGUGGAUUCUGCGGAAGACAUGAGAUCGGCAUGUGAGGACUUAAACGACACAGACUUUGAAGGACGAAAACUCAUGGUGUCUGAAGCCAGAAGUAGAGGAAGUGGUGGCGGUGGAGGACGAUAUGGAGGUAGAGGACGUGGUGGAGGAGGAGGGUAUGGAGGAAGAAGCUACGGCGGUGGUGGCGGAGGAUACGGUGGUGGCGGAGGAUACGGUGGUGGCGGAGGAUACGGUGGUGGCGGAGGAUACGGUGGUGGCAGUGGAUAUGGUGGUGGUCGUAGCGGUGGACACAGAGGUGGACGUGGUGGUGGUGGUGGGUACAGCAGCGGAGGAGGAGGAAGAUAUGGUGGAAGCAGUGGUGGUGACAGCUACUCCAGCGGCAGCAGUUACCAGCAAGCCUAAAUGGAUGCCACAUAAAGAGGAUCAUUUGCCUGGUGUUGACCUGAAGUCAGCUACUUACAGAUAGCUGUAUCAGAUCACACAGUGUGUGCUGCUCCUUAAAGCCCUUGAAAAGUCCUUGAUUUUAAGCGCACUCGAAAAACGUUAUGAUGAUUUUAGCGAAACUACUUGAAUUCACCUUUUCGGCGCUAGGCGUCACGUGGUAUAAAUUGUUUUAGAUUGUGUUACGGUCACCAAAAAGUUUGGACAUUGUCCUCGAAUUUCCAUACAAAUGUACUGACUCUAAAUGAACUAUUUACUUGGUUAAUGUUUAGUUA